AUGACAAAGAUCCACUACUCUCGGGCACCAGAAAACAGCACCAAGUCGUGCAAAGCUCGAGGAUCUGACCUCAGAGUCCACUACAAGAAUACUCAUGAAGCCGGUAUGGCUCUCCGCGGAAUGCCACUCAGACGUGCUCAAGCUUUCCUCCAACACGUCAAGGAGCACAAGGAAAUCGUCCCAUACAGACGUUACCACGGUGGAGUUGGACGUGCUGCUCAAUGCAAGCAAUGGAACACCACCCAAGGUAGAUGGCCAGUCAAGUCCGCUGACUUCCUCCUCGACUUGUUGAAGUAAGUAUUUAAAAUAUAAUUAAUUUUAAAUUCAACAAAAAUUUUCAGGAACGCUGAAAGCAACGCCGAGUUCAAGGGAUUGGAUGUUGACCACCUCGUUGUCGAACACAUCAAUGUUCAACGCGCUGCCAAGCUCCGCAGAAGAACAUACCGUGCCCACGGUAGAAUCAACCGUAAGUUCAUUUUUUCAUUUCGAAAGCCCUGAACUAUUUUGAGGUUACGUAAUGUUUAUAAAUCCGAAUGUCUAAUUAAAAUUUAUUGUGAACUUGAAUCAAUGAGUGUGAUUUUCUACUCUUUAUGGGAUUGUUUUUUCCAAAAUUGUGUUCAAUAAAUUAAGUCAAAUUAAAAAUGUUUCUAGGUAAGAACUAGUUUGUUAUUUAGUUUUUUGUAGAAAGUUUGUUGGUUAAGGCAGGUGAUAAAACUUUCCUCGAAUCGCUCAGACAAGUUGGGCGAUUAAUCGCUAAGCAAAGUGCGAUGACGAUUAAUCUUCUGAACAAAAUUAAUACAGGCGAUUAAUCGGCCAGCCAGCAGCUAAUUCAAGUUGCUUAGCGAUUAAUCGCCCAACUUGUCUGAGCGGUGAUAGCCUUCGUUAAUUUUUGACAAUGAAAUCAGCUAAUUUCAGUGCAAUAUAGAUAGUUUUGAAACAAGUUAUUUUGAUGUGCAGUGGAAUGCAACUGGAAAAAUGAUAAAAUUAAUUGACUCACAGUAGACUACGGCAACAGGGGGAGAAAUUAUAUUACUGCAUAAUAAUUUAUUGUUUUUCAGCAUACAUGACUUCUCCAUGUCACAUCGAAGUCAUUUUGGCCGAGAGAGAAGACGUCGUCUCAAAACCAACUGACGAUGCUCCAAAAGUCAAGAAAGAGUCCAAGAGAAAACAACGCCGUCAAUUGGCCCGUGGAGAAUUUUAA